UAUUCCCAGAAGCUGCAUAUUCUGAGAUUUACUCUCUGGUUCUUCUAUUUUACUGGUUGAGAAGGCAGGAAAUUACAAAUGGGUUACUCUGAUCUGGGAGAGCUUUAAGCUAUGAUGGUGGUCUCGCUGAAAAGGGUUAUUGAAGGAGAUAAGUUGCUUUAACUGAGACUUGAGGUUCUUUCAUCCAAGUUAUUUGUUCUUUAAGUUGAUGAUUAGAAAAUGAAUGAUAGAUGUGCUGCAAAUAUAUAGGAUAUUAUACUCAUCUAUUCCUGGAAAGAGUAAAAAUGGAGUGAUUUGUGAGUUGGGUUUGCCUUGAGCUUUUCCAUCGUCUUCCACUUAAAGUUGGAAGUUCCCCUUUUUUUUAGGAUCGUCUGAGAAUAAUCGAGAAGGUCGGUCGAAUGGGGGUUUUGGUUCUUAUUUGUCUGCUUUCCGUUUUUGCUUCUGCGAAAAACGUAGAAGCUGAGACAAAGUCAUUUCUGAUAGACUGCGGCACGAAUUCCAGUGUAAAUGUCGACGGAAGGAAAUGGGUUGGCGAUUUGGCCCCUGAUAACAACCUUACUCUCAGUUCUCCAGGUAUUGUUGCUUCCAAUGUCACAUUUAAUGGAGAUUCAACCUAUGGGACUCUCUAUAAAACUGCAAGGCUUUUCACAGAGUCUGCUAAUUACACAUUUAAGGUGGAUCCUGGGAACUAUUAUCUUAGGCUCCAUUUCUCUCCUUUCUCUUUUGAAAGUCAAAAUGUGAAUGAAUCUAAGUUUGAUGUUAUGGCCAACAAUCUGAAACUAGUUUCAGAGUUCAGUGUCCCUGGGGAAAUAUCCUGGAAGAUUUCCUACAUGCAGAGCUUGGGGAGUAACUCGAGUGAAUCCUCUUUGGUGAAAGAAUACUUCCUUGGUGUUGAUUCGGGACAGCUUGUGGUCAAGUUCAUGCCGACUGGAGGAUCUUUUGCAUUCGUUAAUGCAAUUGAAGUUAUACCAGUUACCAGUCAACUUUUUGUGGAUUCUGUAAGUAAGGUGGGAGGAAAUGGUGUCACCAGUGAUUUAAAUUUGGGGGUAAGAGGGAUUGAGACCAUGUAUAGAUUGAAUGUUGGGGGCUCUGAGAUUGAACCCACGCAGGAUCAAGAUCUUUGGAGAAAGUGGGAACCAGAUACUAGCUAUAUGUUUGCCUCAGAUGCUGGAUCUUCAAUCAAGAACAAAUCUAAUAUUACUUACUCAUCAAUGAAUGAUUCUUCAGUUGCACCUCUUAUUGUGUACGAGACGGCAAGAGCUAUGAUCAACAAUGAAGUCUUGGAAAAGAGAUUCAACAUGUCAUGGAAAUUCAAUGUGGAUCCCAACUUCGAUUAUAUAGUCCGGUUACAUUUCUGUGAGCUUGUCUAUGACAAAGCAAACCAACGAACCUUCAGGAUAUUCAUUAAUAACCGGACUGCAGCAGAGAAUUUUGAUGUGUUUGUACGAGCAGGGGGAAUGAACAAGGCAUAUCAUAAGGAUUACUUCGAUGUGGUGUCUCCACUGAUUGACACUCUUUGGAUUCAACUUGGACCAGAGACCAUGUAUGGUGCUGCAGGGACUGAUGCACUUUUGAAUGGGUUGGAGAUCUUCAAGCUCAGUCGAAGUGGGAAUCUUGCCCCUGUAUCAGAGAGAUUUGGUUCUGGUGGGGAUGAUGUUUCGGCCAAAACUUUAAAAAAUCACAUUCUUUGGAUAGGAAUUGCAGCAGGUAUAGCUUCUAUCUUCAUUCUUGCAGCUUUAUUCACUCUAUUCUUCUGUUUACGCAAGCGGAGGAAGAAUGCAUGUCCUACAAAAGAAAACCCCACUGGUUGGCGCCCAUUGUUCCUUCAUGAAACCAUUGGAAACAGCGGCACUGGUGCCAGGGGAUCUAAAUUUCCGGGAGGAUAUCUGAAUCUAAAUGGCUCUACAGCUUCAGUUAGAGUUGGCAAACGGUUCACAAUAGCAGAGAUCCGAGCUGCAACAAAGAAUUUUGAUGAGUCAUUAGUGAUUGGAGUUGGUGGCUUUGGCAAAGUUUACAAGGGUGAAAUCGAAGAUGGCACUCUGGCAGCAAUCAAGCGUGCCCAUCCACAGUCGGAGCAAGGGCUGGCAGAAUUUGAGACGGAGAUUGAGAUGCUAUCGAAGCUCAGGCAUAGACAUCUGGUUUCCAUGAUUGGGUUCUGUGAGGAAAAUAAUGAGAUGAUUUUGGUGUAUGAGUAUAUGGCAAAUGGGACUCUAAGGAAUCAUCUCUUUGGGAGUGAUCUCCCACCAUUGACAUGGAAGCAGCGAUUAGAGAUAUGCAUAGGUGCUGCACGCGGGCUCCACUACCUCCACACAGGGGCGGAGAGGGGUAUAAUCCAUAGAGAUGUUAAGACAACUAACAUACUAUUGGAUGAGACCUUUGUAGCUAAGAUGGCUGAUUUUGGGUUGUCAAAAACAGGUCCUGCAUUGGAUCAUACCCAUGUUAGUACUGCUGUAAAGGGAAGCUUUGGAUAUCUUGAUCCCGAAUACUUCCGAAGGCAGAAAUUGACUGAAAAGUCUGACGUCUACUCUUUUGGUGUAGUACUGUUUGAAGUAGUUUGUGCACGACCAGUUAUAAAUCCAAGUUUACCAAAAGAUCAGAUUAAUCUUGCAGAAUGGGCACUCCAAUGGCAAAAGCAGAGAUCACUUGAAGCCAUCACAGAUUGUUAUCUUUCAGGGAAUUACUGUUCAGAAUCAUUGAAGAAAUUUGGGGAGAUUGCAGAGAAAUGCCUUGCUGAUGAGGGUAAGAACCGGCCCACAAUGGGGGAAGUGUUGUGGCAUUUGGAGUAUGUCUUGCAGCUGCAUGAAGCUUGGUUACGAAGCAAUGGUGGGGAAGAAUCCAGCAGUUUGGUUGCUGAGAAUGUGGAAGUAGGAGACAUAGAAGUGUCUCAGAAACCACCAGUCAGUCAAGAUGAAGAACACUAUAUUGAAGUGAGGACUCAGGAUGAUGGCGUACCAUUGACAAGGAAAACCAGCGGAUUGGGUGGUACAGUUGGGUUUGAUGAGUUCUCUCAGCUGGUUAACCCUCAAGGCAGGUGAGAAUCAGAUGCAAGUUUUAAUCACUGGAUUUAGAGGUUACAUUCUUUAAAAUUCCUUCUACUCAAGCCCAAUGAAGUUUUUGAAGUUUCUUACUUAUACAAAUUAUGCAAUUGAGAAAGAUAAAUGCGAAGAAGCUCCUGAUAAUGUCUAAUAGAGUUAAUUCAGGGUUUUAUGUUUGGUUUGUAAUUCUAUUUGUUUUGGGUCCUUAUUCCUGCUCAAGGGCUUGCUAAUAAAUCUAUGUUGUAUUA